CGCCUGCUACGGAAGAGAAGUCUGUGAGAGCUCCAUAACACAUCCCCAAAUAGUCUGCGUUAUACAUUUGGAAAGUGCAUCCAAUAUGUUGUGUAAUAGCAACAAUUUAGUUUAGUAAGAUAGGAAUUAACACAUGGAUUAAGCCACUGUCUAGUCGAGUAUUGUAAUGGAGUUGGUGUCGGUAGCGUGACGCUAGUUUUCAGCCUUCACAGCUGAAUAGUAGCUAGACAGAUCCUUUGUUUCGGAAUGAUCCAUAUCGAUAAUCCGACAUAGUUACCGUGACAAUUUUACCCAAAAUGGAUGAGUGAUUGCACGAGUUAAGGCUGUCAUUUCAGGCAAUUUGUCAUAUUUCGCAACGGAAAUAGGCUAGUUGCAUUCCGACCGUGAUAGACAAAUUUGGGACUGCUAAUAUUUACUAGCCAAACGAAGAAAAGGGUCUGGAGUGCGGUCAUGGGAAACUGCCUAAAAUCACCAACAUCAGACGAUAUUUCGUUGUUACACGAAUCCCAGUCUGACAGAGCUAGUUAUGGAGAUGGCACUGACCCGGAUUUAGAGCCUCCUCCACCUUAUGAGGAGCAGGCUCAUAUGCCUGUGUACCACCCCACACCCAGCCAGACGUGUCUGGCCACCCAGCUUACUGAAGAGGAGCAGAUCAGAAUUGCUCAGCGAAUAGGCCUCAUCCAGCAUCUACCCCGGGGAGUCUACGACGGGGGUCAGGAUGGCUCCGAGAAGAAAAUCAGAGAGUGCGUGAUCUGCAUGAUGGACUUUGUAUAUGGAGACCCGAUCCGGUUCUUGCCAUGCAUGCACAUCUACCACAUGGACUGCAUAGAUGACUGGCUGAUGCGCUCAUUCACUUGCCCCUCGUGCAUGGAGCCAGUGGACGCCGCUCUUCUCUCCACGUACGAGACCAACUGACCACAUGGACCACUCAACCAAUGAUGUUCUUUUAAUCGUCCUCCUCUUCCGCCCUCCUGCAAAAUCCCCUCGUCUCCCUGCUUGAGGGAAUACAGACAGUCUCCGUGUCUCUGUCCUGUCUCUCUGUCUCCCUCUCUCUCUGAAGAUUGGGGUUUGGGAGGUGGUAACAAACUCCAUGUCAUGCAACUGCCUGUACAGCUAACUGUAUUGGAAAUGACUUUGUGUGCUGUUGGGAUUGGUGGAUUGUGCUCUGGUUUUAAAGAGAGGGUGCCCCUUCAUACAUAUGUGUGGCCAGCUGGCGUGCAGUCCUGUGGUUUGCAUUAACAUUGAGGAUUUCUUGAUAAUAGCUCUUAAUUAUUAUUACAUACAGUAUGUUUUGCUUUGCUUCGUUUUUUUUUUUUUUUUUUUUUAAAUAAUAAUAUGAUCUGUCUGGCUAUAUCCAAAUGGCUUUGAAGUUAAAGUUAAGAUCUAGGUAGUCACAAUGUCUGAAUGACAUCAGAGGUGACGUUGGACUGUUCAUCAUCAUCGUCAUCAUUAUUAUGAUUAUUAUUAUUUGCUUGUUUCUUUGUUUGAUCCAAGCCAAGGACCAAAUGUCUUUUGAGCAAGUUUCCCGCCUAGAAAGCCCCAUCUGCAUUACUUUCUCACAGAAAGAUGCUGAUUGUCUCAUUUCCACUCAAGCAGCGGUGUGGAGAGAGGCAGUCAAGCAUGAUGUGCCUGCCGUAUUUCAUCAUCAAGCAAACGUGCAAUGUUGUAUAUUACUGAGACAAAAAAAAAAAGUAUCAAUUUGUAUUUCAGUUGCCCAGUCUCUCAGGCGUGAUGUCCUCAGAUCAUAACUCUCCUAGUCUUCAAACAUAUGUAGUGUGGAGUUGAUGUAACUCCUGGUGAAGUAAUCUUUUUCAGCCAGUUUAAAGGGCUCUUAAGUGAAUGGGGAACAGGAAAGAGUAGCCAACAGUUAGCAAGUGUAGUAGGAAUGCUUGCACACACAAUAUAUGAAUAUAUAUAUACGCAGGGUGGACCAAAAAGCAUUAACCACUUUUAAAUAAUUAUCCUUGACCAUUGUUGCUACCACAAUGGAGAAAAUAGAAAAUUAAAACUCAGUCUGUUGUCUUUAUCUCUGUGACCUAAUGGUUUGUAGUGAUUGAGGUGUUGGCAUAGCCAGUUUCAAUACAACCGUAAUAUGUAGGGGGAAUUAGUCAGUAUGACCUUUUUUGCAAGACUACACCUUCACCAAGAAACAAUGGAAGCUGUGUAGUUAAAUAGCUUAAGCACAUCCAUGUGUAACUCUGCCAAACUCUAGGUGUCCUUAGAAUGCAAGUUCCUGUAGUGGUGCCCUUCUGUAAGCUUUUUGUUUCAUUGGACUCUCCAUAACACGGUGGAACGAAAUUAACAGUUUUUGCUUUGAUAAUAAUAUUUUUUUCUGUUAUGUGUAUUCCAUGACCCUGCUGGCUUUACAGUGAACUGAAGUCACUGAAAAGAUAACAGAAAGAGUUUUAACUUGCAUAGGAAUUGUGGUAGCCUUAAAGGCUGAGGGGGGGAAGUAAUGGGGAAGAAAAUGGGCAUUUGUUUUUUCGGUCCAGCCUGCAUUGAUGUAUAUGUAUGCAGAUAUACGUAUGCACAAUCUGAUUUCAAUCAGGGACCAAGUUAGGAAGGGGAAGAACCCCCUUAAUUCUGAACAGCAUUUUUAAGCAGCUUCCGACGGCGCAUGCAUGGCAUUGCAUUUCGAAACUCUGGUGCAAAAGCACAUUUCGGGUUGUGGGCUGUAUUUAAUUGCAAAAAUGUUGUGUGGACAAAUUCUGGAUAGCCUAGAUGUGUUGGGUCCUGGAAUCUGGUUGAAAUCAGAUUGUGUAUGUAAAGAAAUUGCACUUUAUGUAAGUUAAUAAUGGGAAAUCAUAAAUUUAUGUACAGUAUAACCUUAACCUUGCACUAAUCUUUUUUCGUCACAUGGGUCACUACAAAUAAUUCUAUUAAUGCUAUGUUGAUCAGUAUUUAUGAGACAUACUGUUGGUGUACAUUUCCUUGUCUGGAAUUCCAGAUGCUGAAGUGUUAACAGUAAACAAUCUAUUUGGGUCACAUUAUCAUUCACUACACUACUGAAGGCCUUUCGUUGAAGUGUCCGUUUAUUUAAUGUCCGUUACUAAAUGUUUGUUUUACCUUUAUAUUCAAGUGUGUAGGGCAUCCUGUAGUACUGCACAGACCCUUUCUUUUGUGUACUUUUAGCUGUGGACAAAGUCAACCAGUGACAUUUAUGCCCUGUUCUUGCGAUCUUUUUUGUAUGAUCACCCAGUUCAAUGACAUGAAAUAUAAGACAACAUUAAAGCUGUUAAAAAUG